AAAUGGGUUCUAUGUCUAGAGUCGGGCUAACGCUAGGAGGAAGCCAGCGGAUCUUGGAGGUGAGAAGACCGCGGUGGCGCAGGGCUCGGCCAUCGCCUCUAGGAGACGCCCCUCCGGGAUAGGGAUGAGAAGGAGAACGCUUUGGAGAGAGAAGCCUGAGAAUCCUACAGGCUGGUGUUUUUCAUCUGGGACAUUCCGGAGUCCAGGAGAGAGCAGUCAGUCUCCCUUUCACGCGAUGGAUUCGGCGAAGACUUGUGUGACCAAGUUCAAGUCCUUUGCGAUUUUGCUCUUCACCCCGAUCCUGAUGCUUCCACUCGUCAUUCUGAUACCUGACAAGUUUGCCAGGUGUGCCUAUGUUAUAGUCAUUAUGGCUGUCUACUGGUGCACAGAUGUCAUCCCAGUGGCUGUUACCUCCCUCCUGCCUGUCUUACUCUUCCCACUUUUGAAGGUUCUGGACUCCAAGCAGGUAUGUAUCCAAUACAUGAAGGACACCAACAUGCUGUUCCUGGGCAGUCUCAUUGUGGCUGUGGCUGUGGAACGCUGGAAACUUCAUAAGAGGGUUGCCCUGAGAAUGCUGCUCUUUGUGGGGACCAAGCCCUCACGGCUGAUGCUGGGCUUUAUGUUUGUCACGGCCUUCCUGUCCAUGUGGAUCAGCAAUACUGCCGCCACAGCCAUGAUGAUACCCAUUGUGGAGGCCAUGCUGCAGCAAAUGAUAGCCGCCAAUACAGCUGUGGAGGCCAGCCUGGGGACACUGGAGCUGCUGGACAAGAACAAGACCAGCGAGUUGCCAGGAAGCCAGGUGGUAUUUGAAGACCCCAAUGUGCAGGAGCAGGAAGACGAAGAAACAAAGAAUAUGUACAAGGCUAUGCACCUAUGUGUUUGCUAUUCAGCCAGCAUUGGGGGUACAGCCACCUUGACCGGGACGGGACCCAACGUGGUGCUCCUGGGCCAGAUGCAGGAAUUGUUUCCUGACAGUAAAGAUGUCCUGAACUAUGCAUCUUGGUUUGGAUUUGCCUUCCCCAACAUGGUGAUGAUGCUGGUGCUGGCCUGGCUGUGGCUCCAGUGCUUGUACAUGAGACACAAUUUAAAAAAAACUUGCAUCUGCUGUGGGGAGAAGAAGAGGGACACCGAGAAGAUUGCCUACAAAGUGCUGAACGAGGAGUACCAGAAGCUGGGGUCCUUGAGCUACCCUGAAUGCAACGUGCUCUUUUGCUUCACCCUACUUGUCAUCCUGUGGUUCUCCCGAGACCCCGGCUUCAUGCCUGGCUGGCUGUCAUUCGCCUGGGUCGAGGGAAACACCGUUCAUAUCACAGAUGCCACAGUGGCCAUCUUUGUGGCCAUUUUGCUUUUCAUCAUACCUUCACAAAAGCCCAAGUUCAACUUCAGCAGCCAGACUGAGGAAGAAAGGAAAACUCCGUUCUACCCCCCAGCACUGCUGGAUUGGAAAGUCGCCCAAGAGAAAGUGCCCUGGGACAUCGUGCUGCUCCUGGGGGGAGGGUUUGCUAUGGCAAAAGGAUGUGAGACGUCAGGGCUCUCGAAGUGGAUGGCAGCACAGAUGGAACCCUUGAGAUUAGUGAAACCUGCUGUCAUUACCUUGAUCUUGUCCUGUCUUGUUGCAAUGACCACAGAGUGCACAAGUAACGUGGCCACUACCACCCUGUUCCUGCCUAUCUUUGCCUCCAUGGCUCGUUCCAUUGGUAUCCAUCCUCUGUAUGUCAUGAUUCCCUGUACCAUGAGUGCUUCACUUGCCUUCAUGUUGCCUGUGGCCACCCCACCGAAUGCCAUCGUGUUUGCCUACGGACACCUCAGAGUUGUUGACAUGAUGAAAACAGGAUUGAUAAUGAACUUCGUUGGAAUCCUAUCUGUGUUUCUGUCAGUCAACACCUGGGGUCGGGCUAUGUUUAACUUGGAUAACUUCCCCGACUGGGCAAAUUCAACAAGUGUUAACACUUAGGAAGAGCCGCAAGAGCACAAGCAUGCCCCCCCCACCCCAACCCUUUUGAGGACUAUGAACCUUCUGGCACACCUUGCACAGAGCACUGGUGCUCACACUCUAGUGUGAUCCAAUGAUGUCAACACCCCAAGAAGAUCUACCCAACUAUAUCAAGUUCAGAGAUGGCAAUGGAUGAUGGGAAGAUAAGCUCAGAAGGGAAAGGAACCCCUUUGAGAGGUCGCGAGGCCCAUCUUUACUAGGACCCUUCCAUCUCUCCUGGGACAGGCAGGAACCAGAGGGACCAGGGCUCAAAUCUUGUACUAUGUGGCUUUGACAGACUACUGGCUCCAUGCUGGGCUCCCGGUUCUCACAUGCCUGCUCCCACGGUCUCCACACGGGGGGGUGGGGGGGGAGCGGAUUGCCAGGCUGGGAGCCCCGUCCUGGUGCCUCUUCUGGAUGUCCCCAGAUCAUCAUAUCUAUCACCACGAGAGAACUUCCCAUCCAGGGCAGAACUCUGAUCUUAAACACUUCCCACUGCCAGAGUGAGAGUGGGAGUCAUGGCCUCCUGAAAACUUGGACUCUGCAUGGUGCCACCACCAACCAUUGAGUAGUCUGAGGUGCUAACAUCAGGCCCUCCUGCUCACUCCUUGGCUGACCUGCCCCCCUACUUGCCUCAUUUCAUAUUUCAUAUUCAUUUCAUAUUUCAUAUUCAUUAACAGUUUGAGCUCCCUUCCCAGCUCCCCAGUAAGCCCUCCUUCAGCCUCCAGAUCCCCACCCCCCUAGCUGAGGCUCCCCCAGAAAACCCCUGGUUUUUUUUUUUUCCAGGGAGCUCAGUUUGAUCAUUCUGGGAAUUCUUGUCCUGCCAGCCUGGUGCGGCUGGGAUCACACUUCAAGGAUGGACAGUGGUGUCUCUUUGGGAGAUGGUGUUCAAGUGGGAUACCUAAGUCUUCCCGUGGCUAGAUCCAGAGCAGAUUCAGCCGGCUCAUUUCCAAGGGCUGGGCCACUGCACAGUUUGUCUGUCCCCGUUGGACUCUUGAGCUCCUCUGGGAAGGCCUUUCCCUUGCCGGCUGUGCAUUGUGGCCAGGACUGGUAGCAACAGAGCAUGGCUGAGAAGGAGCAGCGUGCUUCUUGGUGUCUGAGCAGACAGACCCUGCCAGAGUAAACUGGCUGAGGGGAGUGUCCAUCAUAUGAAAGGGAGACAGGAGAGGAAGCUCUCCGUUGUCUUUCAGUGAUACCCUCUUCCUUGCUUAAUUUGCUCUGAAAAGAAGCACAGUUGGGUAGACGAGGCCCGUGGAUGUCAUUUUUUUUUUUCUGGGCAGAAGACAGUAUGGGGACCCAAGAAGUUCCCAUCAAAGACCAAGUAUGUGCCUGGCUCCUUAGGAGGGAUGACUCCUGACCACACUGUUGAAGGCUUGCUCUUGUCAAAUACUCUGUCUGCUAUGGAAAGUUCCAGUGUGCUGACUGGUCUGUGAUUUUGUACCUUGUGAAGGAGACAGAGGGAGGCAGAUGAAUAAACAGUUGCUCUCUGUCCA